AUGUCUCAAGGGUCCGGUGACCAGCACUCCCCCCUCCUGACGAGCCCGGAUCGGCUCCAGAAGAUCGAUCAACUCCGCGAAAGAAACAUCGCUGGCGAAAACACCUUUUCAGAGGACGUGCUGAAAAUCGAGAAAUGCGGUCCAAACGAGGAUUACCUUACCAUCAUCGACGUACCCGGCAUCUUCCACAACAUUGACGAGGGUGUCACUACUAAAAAGGACAAGAAACUUGUUGAGGACAUGGUUAAGAGGUACAUUAAGGACAGCCGGACCAUCAUCCUCGCUGUUCUGCCCAGCAACGUCGACGUCGCCACCCAAGAGAUCCUGACUCUUGCGGAGGAGGCUGACCCGGCUGGCGACCGGACCCUCGGGAUCUUGACCAAGGCCGAUCUGUUGACGGAGCGGACCGCCAGACUCGCCGUGGUGAACUUGGUGGAAGGCAAUCGGAAACCCCUUAAGCUCGGUUACCAUGUGGUCGCGAACCGUGGGGGAGACGACCACGGCGAAGAAGUCGAGGCCUUGGCCGCUCUGCGCGAGCGUGAGACCGUCUUUCUAGAACAUCCUUGGGACAACCUUCCGGAGGAUCGUCUUGGUAUAUCUUCCCUACGGGAACGACUGGAAGACCUACUCGGCGAGAUCACUGAUCGUGCGUUCCCUGAGCUCCGUGGCGAGACGCGCAAAAAGCUGGAAACUGCCGAGAAGAAGCUCAAGGACCUCGGCGCGCCUCGCAAGACAGAGCGUGAGCAACAGCAAUACCUCGUCGGCAUUGCGAGCGACUUCCAGACCCUCGUUCGUGCCGCGCUGAAUGCUGAUUAUUCAGCACAUUCGGCAUUUAACAGGAACGAGUUGCGGCUCAUCACAGCCAUCGUCAACACUACGGAGCAGUUCAAUACGGAUUUCGUAAAUAUCGCUCGCACGUAUCUCUUUGAGUCCGAGACGCAGUUUGCGGCCAUGGUUCCUGUGGGAGUGGUCACCCCCGCAAGCCCUGAUUUCCACGAGGAAGAAGAGGUGGAAGAGGAAGAGGAAGAGGAAGAGGAAGAGGAGGAGGAGAAGGAGGAGGAGGAGGAGGAGGAGGGGGAUGACGAUAGCAUUCUGCAGCUUGAUGCAUUUGACGUUCCUGAUUCCAAGGCAUUCCCUGACCUGGAAAGGAUCAUCGUCUCGGAUUGGAACAUCGACCUUCCCAAGAAGGGUAUCAUGAAGUGGAUUAAAACUAUCCACCAGAGCUCCCGUGGCCUUGAUCUGGGCUCUCUCGGCCACGGCGUUCUUCCAAGUGUUUUCCGGGAACAAUCAGCGAAAUGGGAAAUGAUCGCGAAGCAAUACCUUAGCAAGAUCAUCCUCUUCGUCCAUCGCUUCAUCCUGGCGGCACUGGAGGUCGUCUGUGCAGAUACACAAGUGCUUCAGCUUGUAUCAUCCGCCAUCAUAGUCGAACUCUGCGCCAAGUACAAGGAUGGCAUGAACCAGACAACCUUCCUGGUCAACGUCGAGCGGCAGCUGAAGCCGUACACGCUGAACCACUACUUUAACCACAACCAGCAGAGGAGUCACGGCGCGCGGAUCAAAGAGACGCUGCGGCCUAAGGCCCGACAAGAGACGCAUAAUACAGGCUGGGGCGAGCGUAACAUGCUUGUCAUCAAUCUAAGUGAUGUUGCGGAUGCCGUCACGAAUAAGAGCAACGCAGCACACGCUACGGAGACCAUCCACGACACCCUCGAGGCUUACUACAAGGUAGCCUACAAGCGAUUCGUCGACAAUGUCUUUAGUCAAGCAGUCGACUACAAGCUGCUUUCCGGUCCCGAGAGCCCCCUUCGGCUGUUCUCGGAGCAAUGGGUCCUCAGCCUGGACGCGAAGAAGCUGUCUCUUGUGGCGGGAGAAUCUCGCUUGACGAAAGAGCGCAGGGAGAGGCUGAAGAAUGUGAUUCAGGACCUCGAGGUUGCGAUGGAGAUCCUGCGUUAA